UUGUCUUCAACUUUUAGGGCUACAUUCAAGAGAACAAUGACAUUGAUAGGUGUUUAUGGGGUGCUUCUCCCACCAACAUUGUGCUUAGAGAGUUGGUGUCUUUUAAACCCAUCGUAGGCUACAUCUAGCCUAUAUUUUGAAUCCCCGUAGGCCAACUUCUUCUUCUGAUAGCGCUGCAGGCGGCCAACCGGCGGUGCAUCUGCACACGGUACAAUCAGUGGUAGGCUAGUCACAAGGCUGCAUCACAUAUGUAGCCGUUUGCACUCCGGAUGGUUUCAGAGGAUGUCCAGCGGCUGUUAAAAACACAUUUCGAGAGGAGACAACAAAGCCUAAAGAAGAUCAGAACAAGACAUACAAAUUAAGUUUGUAUUAACAGAACUAUAUAGCUUUCUUAGAAUCAUGUUCAAAAAAAAGGAUCCAGAAAAAAUGGCCCUGGUGUCAGACGUGAGGAACUCAUACACCACUCUAAGCGUGUCCAACCAGGAGGCAUUACAGAUGGACGGCACAGGUGACAUCAAGCAUUGCCAUGACAACAGCCAUGCACAGGAGGAUCGUGAACUAGAGAAGAAAGUCGCAAAGAGGAGGCUGUAUGUAGUCUCAGUCAUCUGCCUGGUUUUCAUGAUCGGUGAAAUCCUUGGUGGGUAUUUUGCAGGCAGUCUUGCAGUGAUGACAGACGCUGCCCACCUGCUUGUGGACCUAGUCAGCUUCAUUAUCAGCCUGUUAUCCCUCUGGCUCUCCUCUAGACCUGCUACACACAAGCUCAGCUACGGCUGGCAUCGUGCAGAGAUCCUGGGUGCGCUGCUGUCCGUUUUCACCAUCUGGCUGGUAACAGGAGUGUUGGUUUACCUGGCUGUGGUGCGCAUUCUCGACGAUAACUACACCAUCGAGGGGACUAUCAUGCUCAUUACCUCUGGUUGUGCGGUGGUGGCUAAUAUUAUCAUGGCCUUCGCUCUUCACCAGUCCGGCCACGGCCACAGUCACGGGGGUCUCAGUUCACCCGGGCAUGGCCAUAGUCACAACGGUCACAGCUCGCACAGCAACAGUAACGGGGGUCAAGGGCACAGCCACAUUAAGCAACAAAGACAGAGGGCUCAGCAGGGCAACGCCAGUGUGCGAGCAGCCUUCGCCCAUGUGUUGGGAGAUCUUCUCCAGAGCGUCAGCGUGUUUCUCAGCGCCAUCAUUAUUUUCUUUAAGCCAGAAUAUAAGAUUGCUGACCCCAUCUGCACAUUCCUGUUCUCCAUAUUUGUCUUGUGCACCACGCUCACCAUCCUGAGGGAUAUUGUAAUUGUCCUGAUGGAAGGCACUCCAGCAGGGGUGAAGUAUGGUGAAGUGCGGGAUGGUCUGCUAGCAGUGAAGGGGGUGACGGCGGUCCACAACCUUCACAUCUGGGCCCUCACCAUGAACCAGACUGUACUGACUGCACACGUAGCCAUAGACGAGACAGUGGAUGCUCAGACUGUCUUGAGGGAAAUGACACAGGCUUGUUUCUCCUCCUACAACUUCCACUCUGUUACGAUUCAAAUGGAGAGACAGGCCGACCUGAAGCCCGGAUGUAACCUGUGUGAGGAUCCCAAGAAGUAGGAAUCUGCCUAAAUUCUUGAUCUGAUCCCAGCAGAAUAAGUCCAAACUAUAUGUUUUUGCUCCUGUAACCUUAAUAACUAUAACAAGUUGUUUUGCACUGCUUGUUGUAUCCUAAGGCCUGUUCCAAAAGUGCCUCUGUCUUUUAGACUAGUGGUGUUUAUUUUACUACAAUUUGUCACACAAUUUGUAAUCAAUUGGGGAUAUUUCAUGGUGAUACCUACAGUAUUAGUUAAAUUUAUUACCCGAUUAACUUGUAGUGUCUUGCCUUAAGUGCCUUUGUGUUGACAUUCCCAAAGAAAUAUUUGUAUUGAAAUGAGCAAUCAUGAGCAGGCUUGCUCAUGAUUUUUAAAUUGUUUUUUUUUUUUAUUUUAUUUUAUUUGUUUUUUUAGAAAAGCACAUCCUCCUCCUGUGUGCAGUUUUAACUUGUCAAAAACUUUAAAGGUCCAAUAUGUAAUAUAUUUACUGUAAUAAAUCCAAAAAUGACCCCAAUGCGUCAUCAGAUAUUAAGGAAACAUGCUAAGUUGAAAUCCUA